CACAUCACAUAUACAUCCACUAGACUGCAGAUUUGAUAUGAUGCGUGGUGAAGCUGGUCCGAAAAUAGUGCAAAUCGAAACCCGGUACGUUCAGACCGAUGCAGACAACUUCAAGGAUGUUGUUCAGAGUUUCACUGGAAAGAAUUCUUCCACCGAUUGGAUUAUGGAGGGACGAUUUGCUAAUAUUGCUGCUGCUGCUGCUGCUGCAGGAGGUGAAGCCAGAGGAAGUACUACUGCAGUAAAGCCUGAGGAAUUAGAAGCUUCUAAAACUAAUCAUGUUGCAAAUGAAACUAGUCUUGUAUUACCUUCCAUGCAAAUUAUCAACAACAACAUGUUCGUCGGUGACCUUGAUCGAUUGCUGUUGGAGUUGCCUGACUUGCCUCCCAUUGAGAUGGAGGAGACCAUACCCUGGUUAUAAUAGUCUAUAUUAUAUAUUUUUAAUUUCAAUAUUAAUUAUUUGUAAUGACAUGUAAGACAAAUGAUGCCUUUUUCAAAUAUAUCUUCCACUCUUUUCUCACCAUCCAAUGAUUUCUUGCAUUUCUUAUCCAUAAUAGAUUUCAUCACUGU